UGUUUAAUGAAAAAAAGGGAAGGUAAAGCUCAGGUACGGUCCUAACUCCUAAGCAUUUAAGCCAAAACAAGCUUUUUUUUUUUUGUUUUUGGGAAACCCUGGUUUCCUCUCUCUUUGCAAUUUCCUUGCCUAUGUUGCAUUGCCAUUAGCCCAUGAGGAUUGUGUAAUCUUAGUACACAAAGCAGCAGAUGGCGGACAAGCAGCUGAUCGUGGCCGUUGAAGGCACCGCGGCCAUGGGUCCUUACUGGCAAAUCGUCGUCUCUGAUUACCUCGACAAGAUCAUCAGGUGUUUCUGUAGUGGCGAGUUAACUGGGCAGAAGAAUUCUACAUCCAAUGUUGAGCUUUCAUUGGUCACAUUCAAUACUCAUGGAUCAUACUGUGCUUGCCUUGUACAACGUAGUGGGUGGACAAAAGAUGUUGAUAUUUUCUUACAAUGGCUGUCGGCCAUACCUUUUUCUGGUGGUGGUUUCAAUGAUGCUGCAAUUGCUGAAGGGCUUUCUGAAGCGUUGAUGAUGUUUCCUAUUUCUCCAAAUGGAAACCAAACUCAGCAAAAUGUGGAUGGGCAAAGACAUUGCAUUCUUGUUGCUGCCAGUAAUCCUUAUCCCUUGCCUACACCAGUCUAUCGACCACAAAUUCAAAACUUGGAGCAAAGUGAAAAUGUUGAAGCACAGACAGAGAGUCGUCUGUCUGAUGCUGAAACAGUAGCUAAAUCAUUUGCACAGUGUUCUGUUUCUUUAUCUGUGAUAUGUCCGAAGCUGCUUUCAAAGCUAAAAGCAAUCUACAGUGCUGGAAAGCGAAACCCCCGAGCACCAGAUCCACCCAUCGACAAUGUUAGAAACCCUCAAUAUCUUGUUCUGAUUUCAGAGAACUUUAUGGAGGGCCGUGCUGCUUUAAGUCGUUCUGGCGUUCCAAGUUUGGCAGCCAAUCAGAGUCCUGUGAAAAUGGACAUGGCUUCUGUCACUUCGGUUACAGGGCCAGCUCCAACUCCUGUUCCAUCAGUGAAUGGAUCUAUUAUGAGCCGGCAACCAGUUUCUGUCGGAAAUGUUCCUACUGCUACUGUAAAAGUUGAGCCCACAACCAUAACAUCCAUGGCAACUGGGCCUGCUUUUCAACAUAUUCCAUCUGUUCCACGUGCACCUUCUCAAGCAGUCCCAACCUUGCAAACUUCUUCACCAUCAACUACCACACAAGAGGUGAUGACAAGUGGUGACAACGUGCAAGAACUAAAACCUUCUGUAAGUGGUAUGACACAGCCUUUACGUCCUGUGCCUCCAGCUGCUGCAAAUGUGAAUAUACUAAACAAUCUUUCUCAAGCACGGGUGAUGAACUCUGCUGCUCUCACUGGAGGAACUUCUAUAGGACUUCAGUCAAUGGGUCAAAGUCCAGUGGCCAUGCAUAUGUCUAAUAUGAUAUCUAGUGGAAUGGCAUCUUCUGUGCCUCCAGCUCAAACUGUAUUUUCAUCUGGGCAAUCGGGUAUGACUUCAUUAACUGGCUCAGGAGCUCUGACAGGGACUGCACAGGUCCCACCAAACUCAGGUCUUAGUUCAUUUCCUUCUGCAACUUCUAAUGUAGCUGGAAAUUCAAACAUUGGAAUUUCACAACCAAUGGGUAAUGUUCAAGGGGCGGUGAGUAUGGGCCAAUCAGUACCUGGCAUGAGCCAAGGAAACCAUUCAGGUGCACAAAUGGUGCAAAGUGGAGUUGGCAUGAGCCAGAACAUGAGUGGUCUUGGUCAAUCAGCUGUCUCUUCUGGAACUGGCAUAAUGAUUCCUACUCCAGGAAUGUCUCAACAAGUACAAUCUGGAAUGCAGACACUUGGAGUGAGCCACAGUUCAGCUGCUAGUAUGCCACUAUCACAACAGACAUCAAGCGCUUUGCAGUCAGCACAAUCCAAAUAUGUUAAAGUCUGGGAGGGAAAUUUAUCUGGCCAGAGACAAGGGCAGCCGGUGUUUAUCACCAGAUUGGAAGGUUAUCGGAGUGCCUCGGCUUCUGAGACACUUGCAGCACACUGGCCACAAACCAUGCAAAUAGUUCGUCUUAUAUCUCAGGAUCACAUGAAUAACAAGCAAUAUGUUGGGAAGGCAGAUUUUUUAGUUUUCAGGGCAAUGAAUCAGCAUGGAUUUCUUGGACAGCUGCAAGAGAAGAAGCUUUGUGCUGUAAUUCAAUUGCCAUCACAGACGUUGCUGCUUUCAGUUUCUGACAAAGCUUACCGCUUGAUAGGAAUGCUUUUCCCGGGGGAUAUGGUUGUCUUUAAACCACAAAUAUCUAGCCAGCAUCAACAACAGCAGCAACACCAGCAGAUGCAGCCACAGCUACAGCAGCAACAGAUGCCACAGCUACAGCAGCAACAGAUGCCACAGCUACAGCAGCAGCAACAGUUGCCACAGCUACAACAGCAGCAACAGUUGCCACAGCUGCAACAGCAGCAGCUUCCACAGCAGCAACAGCAGCAGCUUCCACAGCUGCAACAACAGCAGCUUCCGCACUUGCAGCAGCAACAGCUCUCUCAGCUGCAACAACAGCAGCAGCUUGCCCCGCUACAGCAGCAGCAGCAGCAGCUACCACAGCUGCAACAACAGCAGCAGCAGCUACCACAGAUGCAACAACAGCAGCAGCUACCUCAGCUGCAACAACAGCAGCUCUCCCAGCUGCAACAGCAACAGCAGUUGCCCCAGCUGCAGCAACAACAGCAACUUUCACAGCUGCAGCCACAGCCGCAGCUUCCCCAGAUGCAGCAACAACCAAUCGUUGGAUCAGGAAUGGGUCCAGCUUAUGUUCAAGGUCCAGGCCGGUCACAAUUAGUUUCUCAGGGGCAAGUAACAUCACAGGCGCCACCUAACAUGCCUGGAGGAGGCUUUAUGAGUUAAUCAGCCACACUUUGGAAUUUUCUGCCCUACUUAGAACUUCGUAGUUGCAUAAGUUAUAAACCCCCAGUCUUUAUCAGUAUCUUUAGUGGCUAGACACGAGCAUAAGUUACGUAGUAACAUCUAGGACGAAGUAUGUUAUGUACUGAUGAUGCCAUUUAACUCAUGGUAUCUCAUGUUGCAUUGACAGUUUGCCGUCAUUCAUGUUUCUUAAAUUAUGAGGUGGGAAGAAACAAAGGUUUUGAUGAUGAAAAUGACAAAUUUAAAAUAGAUUUUUAAGUUACUUUCUCAUCAUCUGGUUGUGUGAAAACUUAUAUUAACUGGUUAAAUAAGUGAGGUUAGGUUACAUUAUUUCAUUUUGGAGAGACGGAUAGGCACGCCUUCUAUGUAAUUAAUAAGGAAUCCAAUUUAGAAUGUCAAACGGUAAUUAGACCAUAAGUUAUUUUGAUGAUGGGACUUUGAGAUUAAUUUUGUUAGUAGGUUUCAUGGAUUAUAGUAGUGCUUAGCAUCGAUCCAAUUCCAUGCUAAAGUCUCAAAUGAGUGAUUGAUGUUUGCAGCCAAGUAAAGCAUUAACC